AUGUCAAGCCCUAAUGAGGGUAAAUUUUUAGCCCCCAACACAGAACUUCGCCAUAAAUUCCAAGCUUAGUUCAAGAGGUAAACUCAAAAUAUGGACUUGAUGCGUGCCCUCUAAGAAAUGUAAGAACUGGUGGCAGUAGAAAAGAAUCAGCUAAAUGAGAAGAACAGAUAUACAGCCCUGCAUGCUUUAGUUUAGGAGGUGAUCGACAACAUCUACCACGAGCAGAGCAUUGAGUUCAAGGAAAACAUAUAACUACUUUAGAAACACUUGAAAGUUUGGGUGGCAAGGAACGAAGAGCCAUCAAACUUGGAAGUAUCAGUCCUUCAGAAAAAAGAGAAGAUCUUAAAGGAAAAGGAAAGAGACGAAGCCUUAAAUCCAUUACAUGAGGACUUGCAUAAAAUUAUUGAGGAGCAGACCAAGGAAAUAUGCUCUAAGUAUGGGAUAUAGAUCAAACAGUUCACUGAAACAGUGGGAUAUCAGAUUGAUCGCUUUUGUAACAAUGAUAAUGCUUUCUUGCUGUUUAAGAAAAAAGCAACCAGAAACGAAGAAUACCAAAAGAGGAUGGCUAUGGAAUACCUAAAUAAAAACGUAGCAAAUGCUCCUAAGAAAAUGAGUACUUUAGAUAAGUUUAAAAGCGCAUCAAAAAAGUACUUGCUUAAAUAGCAAUCCUAAUCAAUGCUAGAUGAUAUAGAAAAAAGCCCGACAAAUCAAAGAAACUAUCCCACUCAAGUUCGGCCUAAGAAUAAUUUUACAGUUUUGAAGGAUUAUCAAAAAGACGGUGGUAGUAGUAUGAUUGGAAGAAUAGACAAUAAGCUCUUGAUAACUAAUGAUUCCCACAUGAACUUUUAAACAUCUCAUGAUAAGAGUUACUCAACUAUUCAUAACUAGCAAAGCAUCAUAAAACUGCCACAAUUUAAUAAUUCAUAUUAGGUCUCACCAGUGUAGAACAAGACUUUGAUGCAAAACUAAUCACAAGAUGAGAUGACAUAAGAUCCCCAAGCAUCAUAGAAAAAACUUCGAAAUCCUUAUAGAAAGAAUGGUAAAUCUCUUAGUGUGGAUCAUAGUAUAAUGCUCCUUGAUGCUUUUACUAAAAACUCACACAGUCAAUAGCCUUCUCCUUAAGCUAGUAAGUCUCCAAAGAGAAAAAAUCCUAAGAUUCAUAAUAGCGUCAAUCAUACCGUCACUCAGCUACCCAGCAUUAGGAGGAAAGUAAUGAAUUUUUCGAAUAAUACUUCAAGAUAAAAUCUACUUUAAUCUAAAAAAGAUGAGCUUAAGAACCUCAAAAAGUCUUUGGAUCUUGAAACUUCCCCAGAAAAUUCAGCUUUUAAGGAAAUUUUGAGUAAAAAUACUAUGAAUAUGAUGAGAAAAUCAUAAGGCGAGUCAUAUGAUAGAAGCAAGGUGAAUGAAUCGCAAGCUGUGGUAAACAUUAAGAACAUAUUGAUGAAUUGCUCUGUGUAUGAAGAAGAGGACCGGAAAACAUUCAGAGCUCAUGAAAAACCAAUAAUGAGUAACGGAUAAACUAAAGAGCUUACACUAGGUACAGACUCAAGGUUCCUAAGUCCCAACAAGUACAAUUUUAUUGAUGAGCAGCUAUUACAGGAGAAACUGAAGGCCCAGAACUUUGUUAAACUCAGCAAAGAUCUAAAGAAGCUAUAAUAAUUCAAACCCUAGAUGCUCAAGGCUUUAUUCAGUGAAUCAAAGAACUCCUAUUACUUGCAGUGUGAGACGGAGAAAUAGUGUAUGGAAUAGUACAUGAUAAAAAAGAUGGACACACGAAUUUAAAAAAUGCUAGAGUUUAAAACUAAAAAAAGAUGA